AUGGCUCUCAUUUCUGCAAAUUUUCUUCUAUUCUUCCUCACAAUUUCACUCUCCAGUCCUUCAAUUCUCACAACAUCAGUAGUUGAAGACCUUGACAACUUGAAACCGCCCCCAGAUUUCAACCUCACAAUCACAAACAACUGUCUCAGAAACCCUGACCUCAGAUACUGCAAAGCCACCCCUUUUGAUCUUCAUGAAAUUUUCAAGUCUACAAUUGUUGCUAGCCACUUGUGUAACAUUUCCAACAAUCCAAACUGCGUCGAAUCCUUUCCGAAAAUAGAUCUUCACAGCCAACCAAAAAUAGCACCACUUUAUAUAUCAUUCACUUUCUUCUGGAAAUACUGUCCCUUAACCAUACUAUCCAUUGAUCUUAGUAACAAUUCAUUGAAAGGUAACUUCCCAUCUGAGGUUUUUAACUGUUCGCAAAUUCAACAACUUGAUUUGAGCCACAAUGAACUUUCUGGGGAUGUGCCUGUGCAGAAUUUCGAUCACCUGCCGAACCUCACAUUCCUUAGUCUUUCAUAUAAUCACUUCUCUGAGUGUAAAAUCUCCAACAAGAACUUCUUCAAACGGUUUAAUACUACGAGUUUCAUUCAUUCGGGUCUUCUUCCAAAUCAUAAAAAGUUUAGGAUUAAGGCUGUACUUCUAUUAGUUGGUUUUCCAAUCUCUGUGGUUGCAACUGUGGCUUGGUUUGGAUGGCUGUGUUUUUGGAGACCGGAUUUUCUACCGAAGUUCCUUCAAAGAAAAUACAAGUUUACACCAUCCACUCUCAAGGCAGCAACAAAUGGGCUUUCCAAAAAAAAUUUGGUGGCGAAGAGUUCCACAAUUGGCAUUUACAGAGGGAUUCUAAGAGAUGGAAAUGAAGUAAAAAUUGAGAUAUACUGGGAAACCAUAUCGAGGGAAAGUAGAAGGAGAUUUGUAGAACAAUGCAAGAUUCUUGUUCAGUUAUACCACAAAAAUAUAGCCCCUGUACUAGGUUGGUGUGACAAUCGCAGAUUUAGGGCAAUUGUCACUAAAUGGAUAGAUGGAGAAAACAUUGAGACAUGGCUAUCAAGGUCAGCUCCACAGUGGAAGCAAAGGGUAAAAGCAUUUAUAGGAAUUGCAGCAGGAAUAUGCUAUUUGCAUGAAGAAUGGCCUGAAGUUGGCUAUGACCUCAAAACAAGAGACAUCCAGCUGUCAGAAGGAGAACCCUUGAUAUCAAGGUUUAAAUUUGAUCAUCAUAAUAGCAGCACAAAAAAAAUAUACAAAUUCGGGGUGUUCAUAUUAGAGAUGGUAUCGAAUAGGCGGCCACUGGAAGACUUUGAGAGGGGUGAAGCUGGUUUUGUUGAGUGGGUGAAAAUGCAUUACCCUGAUAACUUGGAGAAUGUUAUUGACAAGAGAAUCAAAAGGACGGGGCACAUUGUUCAUGAAGCCACAGAUGCAAUUGGACUGGGGCUGAUGUGCACAGAUCUAUCUAGCGGUAAUCAACCCAGCUGGGAUCAUCUAUCUAAUAUGGUGUCAAACAUGUGA